GGCGCGGGGGGGCGGGGCUGCGGGGGACGGGCUUGCCGGGAGAGAGGCGGCAUGGAGCCACCGCCGCGCGGGGAGGAGGAGGAGGAGGAGGGGGGCGGCCGCUUCUGCGCCAGCGAGCAUCAGCACACUCGUUACAACCCACUGCGGGACGACUGGGUGCUGGUGUCAGCCCACCGGGUGAAGCGGCCCUGGCAGGGGCAGCUGGAGAAGCCACCCCCUGAGGAUGUGCCCCGCUGGGACCCCAACAACCCCCUCUGCCCUGGGGCCACCCGGGCCAACGGCGAGGUGAACCCCCAGUAUGAGGGCACCUUUGUUUUCCCAAAUGACUUCCCUGCGCUGCAGACCGAUGCUCCUGAGCCUGGUGACAGUGAUCACCCCUUGUUUCGCGCAGCAGCAGCUCGGGGUGUGUGCAAGGUGAUGUGCUUUCACCCCUGGUCGGACCUGACACUGCCCCUCAUGUCCUUGACGGAGAUCCGGGCUGUCAUCGAUGCGUGGGCAGAGCUGGCGGCCGAGCUGGGUGCCUCCUACCCUUGGGUGCAGAUCUUUGAGAACAAGGGAGCGAUGAUGGGCUGCUCCAACCCACACCCGCACUGCCAGGUGUGGGCCAGCAGCUUCCUUCCCAAUGAGGCACACCUGGAGGACCGGACCCAGCGGGAGCACCUGAGCCAACACAGCGUGCCCAUGCUGCUGGAGUAUGCUGAGCAGGAGUCUCGCCGGAAGGAGCGGGUGGUGGUGGAGAACACGGACUGGCUGGUUGUGGUGCCAUACUGGGCAACUUGGCCCUACCAGACCCUGCUGCUGCCCCGCCGUCACGUCUGCCGCCUCCAGGAUCUCCGUGAGGGCGAGAGGGACAGCCUGGCCUCCAUCAUGCAGAGGCUGCUCAUCAAGUACGACAACCUCUUCGAAGUCUCCUUCCCCUAUUCUAUGGGCUGGCACGGAGCCCCCACGGGCCCCUACCUGAAGGAGGACUGCAGACACUGGCAGCUCCAUGCCCACUACUACCCCCCGCUGCUCCGUUCCGCCACCGUCCGCAAGUUCAUGGUUGGCUAUGAGAUGCUGGCACAGGCGCAGCGGGACCUCACACCAGAGCAGGCAGCUGAGCGUCUGAGGAGCCUCCCCGAGGUGCACUACAAGCAGAGGGCCAAGGAGACAUCGUGAUGGGAAGCAGUGGAGCUGGUCCUUGGUUCUGCUGGGCAUUAUGGUUCCCGUGAUCUUCUUCUCCAUUGCAGUCUGCGUCUUCCUGCCUCCAAAGUGUGCUUAUACUAGCACUAAAGGGCUCACCUUCCUCCCGGUCCAGUCUUAGUGGUGGGACUGGGAGCACCGCCUGUCCUUUGGAUGGGCACAGCUCCACUGGCCAAUAAAACUUGGAAGCAACGUGCCUCUCUGCCUGUGCCCUGGUGGCUCUCAGCCCUGGGUGGGAGGUUUGGGGUCUUUGUUAGGGGCACCCAGCUGCCCAGAGGGGAUAACUCUGGGGGCUGCAGGGGCUCUGCUGGCACCUCUGUGCCGCUUGUAGCUGAACCUGUCUCUGCGUUGCCUCCUCUUCCUCCCUGGGGGGAGCUCUGAGCCUGUCUGAGCGCUGCAGGCUCGGGAGGAGUGGGAAGCAGGGAGGAGUUGAUGCUGCCCAAGGUGCGUGUUUGUGCCUCCUGGGAGAGGGCUGAGGCCCGGGAAACUCACUGCAUGGAGGCUCCUGGCUGGAGAUGCCUGACCGGGGCUCACACAACUGCUUCUCUUCCUUCUCCCUCCCUGGGACUGCCAUGUGGGUACUGGGCAGAGCUGCUGGGAUGCAGCAAGGAGCUGGAUUGUCACUAGCGUGGGGGCUGCGAGGCCGCCCGGCUCUGUUUGUGGUGCUGCUGCUGCCUUUCCUCUUCUCUGUAGCUCUCCUUGGCAUAGAGCAGCAGCAGCCUGGUCCCUGGGCUGAGCUGAGCGAUGCUGCAGCUGGCUCUUCCCCCAGGGCAGCCCUGGAGCUGUGCAUGGGUAGGUCCUGAACAGUGAUUCCCCACAGCUGAUGGGGGCGGGGGGGAUGCCCAGAGCCAUCUGCCAUCACGUCUUUGCACAAAUAGUUUUUAUUUGUCACUAAAGAGCCAUUCUCUUAACUCCUUAAUGAGGUCCCUAUCCUUGUCAAGUCCAUAAGUGGACUCCUGGGACUAGAAAUAUCUUGCAAGGAGAGAAACGCUGCCUACAAGUUGACGAUUUGGAGGGAGGGCUGUGCCUUCCUUGCCCAAUUUGUGCAUUGCUUCCCCCAUCCCUACCCAUGGGACUGGAGCAGGGAGAGGGACCACAGCCAGCAUGAGGCUCAGAGCCAGGCUGGAUGCAGCCCUCCCAUCCUCCUCCCUGGCAGCACCAUCCCAGAGCCCACAAGACAUUCCACCACCUGGCCUCAGGGCUCCCUGGGGGCCCAAGAGUUUUGAGAAGACAGUGGGUUUUGGGGUGACCCUUGAGCUUGGAGCCAUCAUUGUACAGAGCAUUCUCCCCCAUGGCGUAGGGGUGUCCAGCUUAGAGUCUGGCCUCUUGCAAACCCAUCUCUUUCCUCCUGGGACGAGCAGCAUCUGUCUGGGCUCUGCAACCAUUCCCAUUGCAGACACCAUCCCUUCUCAUCGAACAAGUCCCUCUGAACUUCCCCGCUUUUCCCCAGGGCCCUGGAAAAGUGGCAAUGAAUUGGCUUAAAUGUGGGAAUCCAGAUUGGUGUAAUUAGCUGCUGAACUGGUUGUAACGAAGCUAGUCAUCUCCCUGCACGCGCAGUUAGCUCUGAUUUAAUAGCCCACCGGCUCCCAGCCUGGGCUGCAGAGCCUCGGCCCGGGGCCGUAAAUGAAACUCACAGUAAGUCAAGCGGUAUUAAACUUUACAGUCACUGUCUUUAAAAACGAGAUUCUCUCUCUAAUAAAUCAGAACAAGUGGGAUUGUAAAUAUCGAGGCAGGAUCCAUAUUGCUUAAUUAAACAGUGCCUAAUGAACAGCCUGUUAUGUUGUGAUUUAGGAUGGAAACUGGGGAAGUGGCGCAUGCUGACGAGCGCUGGUACCAGUGCCGGGAUGCCCUUCCUGGCAGGUGGCAGCUGCAGGAGUUUAGCUACUGCUAAAAUAGCUCAGAAUUUAGUAUUUUUACUAAAAAUUUAAUUUUCCCCCUAAAGAGAAAACUGAAACAUUCAGGAUAGAAGUCAGCAGCGGGUGGGGGAGGAGCAAGGGUUACAUCUGGGUGGGAGAGCAGGACCCUGGCUAGACUGAUUUCCCCCCCUCCCUCAUGACUGAUAAGAUCCACCUCCUCUUGCCCCAGUAUUUUUCUUGGUGUGCGAAGGGGUGUGAAAGGCUGGAAGGGAGCAAUGAGCUUUUCCAGUGGCACAGGGAGGCGUGGGGUUAGUGUGAAUGGAGCUGCUGGGGAUGCAAAGGCAUUGCGAUUUAUAGGAACCAUUGCAGCCAUACUGUAAAGCCCUGAAGCCUUCUAUAUUGUGGUAGUUACAGUCCAGUUGUAAUAAAAAAGUGAUUUAUAGCGAGGAGAUUAUAAACAUCUAGCUGGAUGCAGAAUGGUGGAGUGUGGGGGCUGUGGGACACCUGGCUGUUGCUCCUGACCUGGAAACAUCAAAGGGAAACUGAGGCCUGUAGGGAUGUGCCUUGAAGCCAUUUUACUUCUGCAGGGGAGCUGUUGGAGAUCAUCCUGGGAAAAGUGUCCCUGCAAUGGAGUCACCCUUUUCCUAAGCCCCCAUCCUCCGGCAUCAGGGCAAAUAUUAAACAUUCCCUGGAAUCCUUGCCCUGAGCUGCUCUGGAAGGAUGAGCGGGGCAGUCGGUGGAGGAAACAAGGGGAGCCGAGAUGAAGCUCAAGCAUGGAGUUAAUGCAUUAAUAGGGCUGUGAGGGAUUAGGAAAGGGCCCUGGUGAUUUUGUGCUCGGCUGGCAUGUCCUGUGCUCUGCAAGGAGCAAAGGAAAAGCUCAGCUGGGGAUGUGGAUAUAUAGACACUUGAGGGAGUAUAGGCAGGAAUUUAGUCUCAUUUCCAUCCAGUUUUCUGAUGCCACUGAAAGAAAUGAGUCAGGCAGCCAAGGGAUGUGAUUUCCCCAGAGCUGCUGGGGCUUUGGUUUGACUCAGACAAACCAAUGUGGUUGUCCCGACUGUAUCAGUGCCUGUUUCCAUCGUUGCCCCCGUCCUGUGUGUUUGGGAGACUCCAAGUGUCCCCAGCUCUGACACUGACUGCUUUUGCAGCCAUGAAUAAGUCCUGGGAUGCUGUUCCAGGAUGCUGCCCCAGUGCACAGAGACCCUUUGUCACGAGUACUUAAUAACAGAUGGUAACUACAAGGGUCGCAUUCAUCACCUUUGAUUCUAUGUCUAUGUCCUAGGCUGCUGCCGAAGGCUGCAGAGCUGCAGACGUGCUGCAGACCCCAAGUCCCAAAUGCUGCCCACCCCUCUUCCACUCCUCCCUGCCUUCCAGUGCAGGUGAGACAAUAAAUAUUGAGCAAAGGAAGUUAAUCUGUGACCAGAGUGUUUUAAUCAGAAAAAAAAAGUAUUAGUGCAGGCCUGCUGGCUCUUGCCAAACUGCAGUUUUACUGUUCCUCUCGGUAUUGGGUUUAUGGCUGUCAUUUCAUUCUGGUUUUACUGUUGUUUUUGCCCUUACUGUUGAGUUUCUCCUUGCCUGUGACUGAGUGGGGCUUUUAGGAGAAUAAUAAGGAAGAAAUC